AUGUCGUCUCAGACUUCUUCAAUGGUUGUUGAAUCCGGCAGUCAGACCGGUGCUGCGUCUGGACAGGCGCCGAACAACCAAGCGACCUCGAAUGAUCAAGCGGCCUCUCGGCAGGCUCGCUUCGAUAUGUUCAUGAAUGAUAACGACAACCAGUACACACGCCUCGAAUCCAACAGACCAGCCGAAGACAAGCCCGUCCAAAAGCCCCCCCAAGCCAAAUAG